AUGGAGUUUGCGCUGGAGCCCGAGUCCCCCGAAUCUCUGCAGGCCACACUCGCCUUCAUCGACGAAACAAUGGGGGAUUCAAGCCCGAACCUCUCACAGCAAUUCAAUGACCCACUGCAGUCGUCCGACAGUGACGACUGGGAGACGUCUCAAUUGCUGGACGACUUCACCACCGACGUGUCCUCGGACGCGUCUUCACCUCGACUUCCAGCCGAAGCACUCAGGCCUCUCCAGUCCCCAGCCUCCACUGUCACCCCAUUAACGCCGACUUCAGACGAGUCUGCAACCCGCAAAAAGCGCCGCAACUACAACCCGACCAAGGCGCGUGAAGACCUCAUGCGAGAGCUGACCUACCUGCGUGGCGAGGCGGAGGAGUUGGAGGUGAAGCUGCAUCAACUGCAGACCAUCAAGGUCGCCAAGACCAGAGAGGGCUCAAGCGCCUCGACGAGACGGAUCACGGACAGUGCUAACCGGCAGCCGUUCGUGUGGGAGCAAACCUGCGUCCGCCAACUGGAGUGCAGGUUGAGGUCGGAGCGAGAGAACGCGCACCUGAAAAUGCUGCUGGAGGGGCAGACCCAGGUCGCUAAGAGAUUGGAGAAGCUGCUGAACAAACGCGCCACACUGCACCCUACCGAGACUUCAGGCAGCAAACGUACCACACGCAUUCAAGUGUCGAGGACGGGGAGUGAGGUGGUGGACGCUGCAGUCUUCGAGGAGCUGGCAGAUGGCGUGGAAGCUUCGUACCGUGAAGUGGAGCGUGUGUUCGAGUCCAGCGGCCUCGAGCUCCCGGACGUCACCUCACGCAAGGCGCAGAUGCGUGACAGCACCGACGGUAUGUUCCUCGAGAUCUUCGACAGUAAGAUCCUCCCCUUCAGC